GUUUUGACCGCGAAGUAAAUCAGCUGCGUUACUUCAGUCAGCUUAUAGAAAACAAUCUAACAAUCUAAAUAUUUGAAUGUCUUUCCGGUGUUGGUUUGGUCCGUGAAGAUGUCGGUGUUCCAUGAUGAAAUAGAGAUUGAAGAUAUGGAGUAUGAUAAAGAGUCAGAAACAUAUUCUUAUCCUUGUCCAUGUGGUGAUCGAUUCUUAAUUACAAAGGAAGAUUUAUUAUCAGGUGAGGAUAUUGCACGUUGUCCUAGCUGUUCAUUAUAUAUACGUGUCAUCUAUGAUAUGGAAAAUAUAUCAUCUACUGUACAAGAAUCACCGGUUGGAAUUAUGGUUUCAUGAUUCACAGUCAUCAGUAAUAUUUCCAAAGUUAUUUUUAUAAUAUACCCAUCAGCAAGGAAACUGCUGUAUUGCCAACUGUUGUAAUUUCACAGCAAUUAUUUUCACAAUAACAAAAUAUAUUUUACUACCAUGG